UGGAAUAGGAAACCGCGAAUAUACUGUCAGACAGUGUAGCGUAGGCUUUUGUGAAUGUGUUUAUUUUUUUGUUCUUCUUAUGACAAUUUGAAACACUAGAUUCAAAAAGAGCAACACAAUAUCACACUGUACUGUACCAAUACGGGGAGCUUGCAGUUCGUUGCAGCUCGUAUGGAAGGAAGUUGCACCACGCAAAGGUACACAACUGCUCCUCAAAUGAUACCGUAGAAGGUAACAACGUUUGGAUGAAAUAAAUUAGGGUGGUCAUUUGCAGGUUUUAACUGAAACGCUUUUUUUAAAAGACGUUUUCUAUUGCACAUAAACUACAGAGCGUCCUACUGAUCAGCUACUCUGCUGUCAGUGUGUUCUCGUGGAGAGCUAGUGAGUAGGCGGGGAUGCAACAAUCUGUGUUCUGAUUUCAAAGGGAUUGAGAACAUUUUGAAGGAGAUUUUGGUGGUGUUUUUUUUUUUUUUACUGCUGAUGGCCGGUGGAUUUUUGGGAACCUCUGUGGAUGUUUUAGAAAUGGGGUUUGGAGUUCAAUUCCGUGUGGUCUUCCUGCUUCUCAGGGCUCUCUUUACCACCUCUAGCCACACAAACCAAGUUGUGCUGCUUGAUACCACGUCUGUGCUGGGAGAGCUUGGAUGGAAAACAUACCCAUUAAAUGGGUGGGAUGCCAUCACUGAAAUGGACGAACACAACCGGCCCAUCCACACCUUCCAGGUGUGUCAUGUAAUGGAGCCCAACCAGAACAACUGGCUGCGGUCCAACUGGAUCUCCCGUGAGGCGGCCCAGAAGAUCUACGUGGAGAUGCGGUUCACCUUGCGGGACUGCAACAGUAUCCCCUGGGUCCUGGGCACUUGCAAGGAGACAUUCAACCUCUACUACAUGGAGACCAAUGAGUCUCACGGAAUCAAGUUUAAACCUGCUCAGUACACAAAGAUCGACACUAUCGCGGCCGAUGAGAGCUUCACUCAGAUGGACCUGGGCGACCGCAUCCUCAAGCUCAACACUGAGGUGCGUGAGGUGGGGCCCAUCACUAAGAAAGGGUUCUACCUGGCCUUCCAGGAUAUCGGUGCCUGCAUAGCCCUGGUGUCAGUUCGCGUUUACUACAAAAAGUGCCCUUUCACCUUCCGAAACCUGGCUGUGUUCCCCGAUACCAUUCCCAGGGUAGAUUCCUCCUCGUUGGUGGAAGUACGGGGUGUUUGCGUGAAGAAUGCUGAAGAGAGGGACAUCCCCAAGCUGUACUGUGGGGCAGAUGGAGACUGGCUUGUUCCUCUUGGCCGCUGUGUCUGCAGUAUUGGAUUCGAGGAGGUGGAUGGCUCUUGUCAUGAUCUCUGUGCCCAGAGGAGACUCUGCUGUGUUCUUAUUGGAUCUCUGUGGCCUGGAGAGGGAUCUGCUGUGUUCUUAUUGGAUCUCUGUGCCCUGGAGAAGGAUCUGCUGUGUUCUUAUUGGAUCUCUGUGCUCUGCAGAGGGAUCUGCUGUGUUCUUUUUGGAUCUCUGUGCCCUGUAGAGGGAUCUGCUGCAUCCUUACCAGAUCUCUAUGCCCUGAAGAGGGAUCUGCUGCGUCCUUACCCGAUCUCUGCAUAG